AUGGCCAGUGAUUUGCGAACUUUGUUGAAGCGUGAACGCUUGCUUCAGCAAAAGGUGUCUAUCGUGGAGAAGUUUGUGAUAGCAUUUGACAAGGAUCGUGACGAGUGUGAAGUAGAAGUGCGACUUGAGGGCCUAGAAGAAGUGUAUGUGGAGUUUUUCGUGCUACGUGAGAAGAUUGAGUUGCUGAUGGAAGAUGAGAAGGACGAUGGAGACGACAUCGAUCCUGCUGAGAAGGAUGCAACUAACCGUGAACAACAGAAUUUUCUUGCCGCCGAAAACUUCGAAAACCGCUACUGCAAGUUGAAAGUUGCCCUGUUGAAACUGCUUCCACCGAAGGAUCCAACCCAGCGCAGCGGUGGGACCCCAGCUGAGCAAGCCACUACUCAUUCCAAGGUGAAGUUGCCGGAAAUCAGUUUACCUGUGUUUAGUGGAAAACUAGGAGAGUGGGUGAUGUUCCGUGAUACUUUCCGCAGCCUAAUCCAUCAAAACGGGCAGUUGAAUCCGAUGGAUAAAUUUACCUACCUGAGGACGUCGCUUACGGGAGAUGCUCUAAAGGAAAUCAACACCAUCGAGCUCUCGGCUGCCAACUAUGAGGUUGCGUGGAAAGUUCUCCAGGAACGCUAUGAAAACAAGAAGCUGAUUGUUAAGGCGUAUUUGGAUGCACUGUUUUCACUGGAGCCACUCAAGAGGGAGUCUUACGACGGAUUGAAUCACCUCGUCAGCGAGUUCGAAAAGAACUUGCAGAUGUUGGACAAGGUAGGCGAGCAAACAGCCCAGUGGAGUACAAUUCUCGCCUACAUGCUUUGCGCCCGGAUGGAUACAGCGACGUUGCGUUUAUGGGAAGCGCACCAUAAUUCCAAAAACGUGCCGAUAUACCAGGAUUUGGUAACUUUCCUUCGCAAUCAGUGUUCCGUCCUGCAGUCAAUAGCUCCGUCGAAGUCUACCAGUUCCGAUCAACGCCAGUCGAAGAUUGCUGUGUGCCACGCUGUGGUGAAGAUGUCCAACAAAUGUCCAUUUUGUGGCGAGUCUUGGCAUUCUCCAUUUCACUGUACCAAGUUCCAGAAAAUGAAGGUCACGGAGCGCAACGAAGCGGUGAUGAAGAGCAAGCUGUGUCGGAACUGCCUGCAUCCUGGUCAUUUCUCUAGGACGUGCGAUAAAGGUGUCUGCCACCACUGCCGGCAGAAACACCACACCAUGCUGCACUUCACCCCGGUAAGAUCCUCCGUUCCACCCGCGCAGACGAGAAAUCAAGAAGCCAGCCCACAACAACGUCAACCACAAUCAAACCCACAGCAACCGAACCAACAAGCACACACUCAGUCAAACAAUGCACCCACACACACUGCCAACUCACAAAUCAAUAGACCACAGCCAAGCACAAGUCAACCCAACACAAGCCACAACUACGUUGCACUACCCAAGACACCUACCCACAAUAUUCUUUUGUCAACGGCAAAAGUACGAGUCAAAGACCGUUUUGGAAACAUUAUGCUCGCUCGAGCUUUGUUGGAUUCUUGCUCCCAACACUGUCUCAUGACUAAGGAGUUCUCGAACAAGCUCAAGUUCCGAGUCUCCCCCACAUUCUUAUCAGUGCAAGGCAUUGGGUCUGCACAGAGUGUGUCUACCAAGCGAGUGAGCGCAGAAGUUUCUCCAAGGUCGCGAAUGAUUUCUCCGUUCGAAGAAGAGAUGCAGUUUUUCGUCUUGCCGAAGCUGACUGUUUCGCUGCCGACCUCCAGUUUCAACCCAUCGGAAUGGAACCUUCCUGAGUCGACCUUCAUGGCGGAUCCAGACUUCUACGAAUCUGGGCCGGUGGAUGUGAUAAUCGGGGCGGAGUACUACCUGGAUUUGUUGGCCGAUGGACGGCUGAAAGCGACGGAGAAUGGACCUACACUGCAGAACACUAUUUUCGGCUGGAUCGUUUCUGGCCGAGUUCCGGAUAUCCCAAUCAACGAACCACGUUCCGUAGCCAACGUUUGUUCUACAACGGAGUUGCAAGAGCAGCUAACUAAAUUCUGGGAGAUUGAAACCUGUCGUACGGUCAGCAAUCAUUCCGUGGAAGAAUCUGCUUGCGAGGAGAUUUUUACGCAGACGACACAGUGCGUGACGAAACUGGGCGAUUCAUCGUUACACUACCGAAGAAGGAUUAUCUCGUUGAGAGACUAG